UAAAGCCGGAGGGCAGAAAUUAUUAGGGGGCGCGGGACGAGAGGAGGGGCCAGGGGAGCGAGCCCGCGGCUAGAGAGGCAAGCGAGUGUGCGCCUUGUGUGCAAGGGCGGGAGGGAGAAGAGAGAGCCAGCGGCGGCCCGGCUCGCGCCGACUCGGGCCCAGCGGCGGGCGGACAGCAUGCUGAGCUUCCUCAUCUGGAUCCUCACUCUCUUCAACACUUUCUCACAAGCAGGGCUUUAGGAAUGACUCUGGAGAGCCGUAGCACAUGUCUAAUGACCUGCCAAUCAAGCCUGCUCCCCGAGAAGCCCAGGUUUCUGAGUCAGAAGAUGUGGGCUCCACACUUAGUCGUUGCUUAUCUUAUCUUUGUGACUUUGGCUUUGGCGUUGCCUGGGACCCAGACUCGCUUCAGCCAGGAGCCAGCUGAUCAGACCGUGGUAGCCGGACACCGGGCAGUGCUCCCGUGCGUGCUCCUCAACUACUCUGGGAUCGUACAAUGGACCAAGGACGGGCUGGCUCUGGGUAUGGGCCAGGGCCUCAAAGCCUGGCCACGGUACCGCGUCGUGGGCUCUGCGGAUGCUGGGCAAUACAACUUGGAGAUCACAGAUGCCGAGCUGUCUGAUGACGCUUCCUAUGAGUGCCAGGCCACGGAGGCUGCCCUGCGCUCUCGGCGGGCCAAACUCACCGUGCUCAUUCCUCCAGAGGACACAAGGAUUGAUGGGGGCCCGGUGAUUCUGCUGCAAGCAGGCACCCCCUACAACCUCACAUGCCGAGCAUUUAAUGCCAAGCCUGCUGCCACCAUCAUCUGGUUCCGGGAUGGGACACAGCAGGAGGGGGCUGUGACUAGCACGGAGCUGCUGAAGGAUGGGAAAAGGGAGACUACAAUCAGCCAGCUGCUCAUUCAGCCCACAGACCUAGACAUCGGCCGCGUAUUCACCUGUCGCAGCAUGAAUGAGGCCAUCCCCAAUGGCAAGGAGACGUCCAUUGAGCUGGAUGUACACCACCCUCCUACAGUGACUCUGUCCAUUGAGCCCCAGACAGUGCUGGAGGGCGAGCGAGUCAUCUUUACCUGCCAGGCCACAGCCAACCCAGAGAUCUUGGGCUACAGGUGGGCCAAAGGGGGGUUCCUGAUUGAAGACGCCCAUGAGAGUCGCUAUGAGACAAAUGUUGAUUAUUCCUUCUUCACGGAGCCCGUGUCUUGUGAGGUUUAUAACAAAGUCGGGAGCACCAAUGUCAGCACUUUAGUGAACGUUCACUUUGCCCCCCGGAUUGUAGUUUACCCAAAGCCCACAACCACAGACAUUGGAUCUGAUGUGACCCUCACUUGUGUCUGGGUUGGGAAUCCCCCCCUCACCCUCACCUGGACCAAGAAGGAUUCAAACAUGGUCCUGAGUAACAGCAAUCAACUGUUGCUGAAGUCAGUGACCCAGGCAGAUGCUGGCACCUAUACCUGCCGUGCCAUAGUGCCUCGAAUCGGAGUGGCUGAGCGAGAGGUACCCCUUUAUGUGAAUGGACCCCCUAUCAUCUCCAGCGAGGCGGUGCAGUUUGCUGUGAGAGGGGAUGGCGGUAAGGUGGAGUGCUUCAUCGGGAGUACCCCCCCUCCGGAUCGAAUUGCAUGGGCUUGGAAGGAGAACUUCCUAGAGGUGGGGACACUGGAACGAUACACUGUGGAGAGGACAAACUCAGGCAGCGGUGUGCUGUCCACUCUCACCAUCAAUAACGUCAUGGAGGCCGACUUCCAGACCCACUACAACUGCACUGCCUGGAACAGCUUUGGACCAGGCACAGCCAUCAUCCAGCUGGAAGAGCGAGAGGUGUUACCUGUGGGCAUCAUCGCUGGGGCCACCAUCGGUGCUGGCAUCCUGCUCGUCUUCUCUUUUGCUGCCUUAGUGUUCUUUCUCUACCGACGUCGCAAAGGCAGUCGAAAGGAUGUGACGUUGAGGAAGUUGGACAUCAAGGUAGAGACAGUGAAUCGGGAGCCACUUACAAUGCACUCUGACCGGGAGGAUGAUACCACCAGCAUUUCCACAGCAACUCGGGUCAUGAAAGCCAUCUACUCGUCUUUUAAGGAUGAUGUGGAUCUGAAACAGGACCUGCACUGUGACACCAUUGAUACCCGGGAAGAGUAUGAGAUGAAGGAUCCAACCAAUGGUUAUUACAACGUGCGUGCCCACGAAGAUCGCCCAUCUUCCAGGGCGGUGCUGUAUGCUGACUACCGUGCCCCUGGCCCUACUCGUUUUGAUGGGCGCCCAUCAUCCCGCCUCUCCCACUCCAGUGGUUAUGCCCAGCUGAGUACGUACAGCCGAGCCCCUGCCUCUGACUACGGCACAGAGCCCACACCCCCUGGCCCUUCUGCUCCGGGUGGCACCGACACAACCAGCCAGCUGUCCUACGAGAACUAUGAGAAGUUCAACUCCCACCCCUUUCCCGGGGCAGCUGGGUAUCCUACCUACCGUCUCGGCUACCCCCAGGCCCCCCCCUCUGGCCUGGAGAGGACCCCCUAUGAAGCCUAUGACCCUAUUGGCAAGUAUGCCACCGCCACUCGGUUCUCCUACACCUCUCAACACUCAGACUACGGCCAGCGAUUCCAGCAGCGCAUGCAGACUCACGUGUAGAGGCUGGAGUCUGGCUGGGGUAUCUCUGCGGGGCAGAGGAGAUGGCUUCCCAGCAUUCCCUGACAUUCAGGGACAUUGCUCGUUGCUCCUGUCGUGGACCCAGCCUUUCUCCUCCUGGCCAUCACAAAUGAGGAGCAGGUCUCCCAGUAACACCCCAUCCCAAGGAUGGUGCUUUCAUGCCCCCAGUCUCCCGGCCCGCCUUUCCCUCUUCUUCAGGAGGAUAUCUCUUCUGACCUUUGUUCUGCCCGACCCAAGCAUGGGGAAAGGAG